AGCCGAGUCAGCUUCGCAUACCGCAGCUGUAGCUGACUCGACGCUAUUUUAGAUAGACGCGAAAAUUUCGUAUAAAACCCGCGACACUCCCACUUAUCGGCGGACAUUUGAACAUAACGCGCGAUUUCAAGGUGAAAAUAAGGUUAUAGGGCGGCCUUAUUUUAAUGGAAAAAUUCCAUUUUUUUAUUGCUGACAAAAUUGUUCAAAUUUUCUGCUAUUUAUUAAUCGACGGUUAAGUGUUACGUAACUGAACAAUAUACAGGUGUCACUUUGAAAAUAUCAUAUAUAAUUUGGAUGCGGAGUUUCUUUGUAUACUUCAAGAAUUACAUAGAAAAGACUCGCAGUCGGCCAUGUCGUCGAAACUCGUUAGUUUAAAUAAUUUAUUAUCCAGCAGAUGUACAAAGGGAAAUAAAACUGUUUUCGCAAACAAUUCGACUUUAAUGGGAUUAAAGGAAAUCGCCGGUAUUUAAUGAUGAUGAAUAGAAAGAAACAAAGCAAAGGCCAAACCAAGACCUAUUCUCUGAUUUUCCUACGUAAUAUAUGAAAACGUCGUAUUUCCCUCGUUACUGCAUUUUACUAAAAACUGUUUAUCUUUUGUUGAAGAAACGAUUGAGUUAAAAUAAGCAAAAAGUCUUCAGAUCAUGAAAAUGAAGUUGAUGAUGUUCGCAUUUAAUUUAUUGGUGGCGUCGGUGGUGAGCGGCGGACCCGCUUGGAAGGAGGUACAACGGGGAGGAGGAUUGAAAAUUGGAGAAAAAAGCAAAAACGCAUCGUUAUCACGUGGCAACGGAAUCAAAUUAGGAAGCAGCAAUCGCGGAUUACGAUCGACCACUACCACGACGACCAUGGUACCCGAGGAGGAACCGCAACACGUGCAACAUCCCCCCACUUCUCCCGCAAAGAACAAAAUCGUUCAUCUAAACAUCGGGAUCGUGGUGCCGUAUAAAUCGUUCGGGGUGCGCGAAUAUACAAAAGCGAUCACCACCACGAAAACGCUGAUCGCGAGAAAACUGAAUUUGUUUCGGACUCACGACAUUCAGGUGCAUAUUGUGAUGAAACAAAUGACUCCCAGUCCAACAGCCAUACUAAAAUCUCUAUGCAAGGAAUUUCUCAACUUUAACGUCUCUGCCAUUCUGUAUUUGAUGAAUUAUGAGCAGUAUGGAAGGAGUACUGCUUCUGCUCAGUACUUUUUACAAUUAGCCGGAUACUUGGGAAUCCCGGUGAUCGCCUGGAAUGCUGACAAUUCAGGCCUGGAACGAAGAGCGUCGCAAUCUUCUUUGCAGCUACAACUUGCUCCUUCGUUGGAACAUCAAACUGCCGCCAUGCUUAGCAUCUUAGAAAGAUACAAAUGGCAUCAAUUCUCAGUGGUCACCAGCCUUAUAGCUGGCCACGAUGAUUUUAUCCAAGCAGUGAGAGAACGGGUGGUCGCCAUGCAGGACCGUUUCAAGUUUACAAUCCUGAACGCGGUCCUGGUGGCUCAAAGGGGCGACCUCGCCGCCCUCGUAGACUCUGAGGCCCGCGUGAUGCUCCUCUACUGCACCAAAGAGGAGGCGAUCGACAUUUUAAGGGCGGCCGGCGAGUUGCACUUGACCGGCGAGAAUUACGUUUGGGUGGUCACCCAGAGCGUCAUCGAGAACGGACAACAGGCGCCCAACGAUUUUCCCGUCGGAAUGCUCGGUGUCCAUUUUGAUACGUCCAGUCAAAGUUUAGUAAACGAGAUAACCACUGCCAUAAAGGUGUAUGCUCACGGGGUGGACGACUUCUUAGCGGACAAAGCAAACCGAGGGCGGUCCCUCACUACCCAUCUGUCCUGCGAAGACGAGGGGGCCGCGAGGUGGGACACCGGCGACCUUUUCUUCAAAUAUUUGCGUAACGUGAGCGUGGACACCGAACAGGGAAAACCGAACCUGGAAUUUACGCCGGACGGGGUGUUGAGCGCAUGCGAAUUAAAAAUUAUGAACUUGAGACCGGGAGUGAGUAAACAAAACUACUGGGAAGAAAUCGGCGUUUGGAAAUCUUGGGGCUCUGAGGGUCUGGACAUCAAAGACAUCGUCUGGCCCGGUAAUAGUCACACUCCACCGCAAGGGGUGCCCGAAAAGUUUCAUUUAAAAAUUACCUUUUUGGAGGAGGCGCCUUAUAUUAAAUUGGCCCCUCCCGAUCCAGUUACUGGUAAAUGUUCUAUGGAUAGAGGAGUGUUGUGCAGGGUGGCCAGCGAUGAAGCCAUUACUGAAGUUGAUAUGUCGCAAGCCCACCGAAACGGUAGUUUUUACCAAUGCUGUUCCGGGUUCUGCAUUGAUCUUUUGCAAAAAUUCUCCGAAGAAUUGGGAUUUACUUAUGAAUUGGUUCGAGUUGAAGAUGGAAAAUGGGGCACCAAUCAAAAUGGUAAAUGGAACGGAUUGAUUGCCGAUUUAGUCAAUAGGAAAACUGAUAUGGUACUUACCAGUCUUACUAUUAAUGCCGAAAGAGAAGCAGUGGUUGAUUUUAGUGUGCCAUUUAUGGAAACAGGAAUAGCCAUAGUAGUAGCAAAAAGGACUGGAAUAAUUUCACCCACAGCCUUCUUAGAACCGUUCGACGCAGCGUCUUGGAUGCUGGUGGGCGUUGUGGCAAUACACGCUUCCACAUUUACUAUUUUCUUAUUUGAAUGGUUGUCUCCAAGCGGAUUUAACAUGAAGCUUGCAUUUGCCAACGGCGUACCGUCCACAGCUCACCGUUUUUCUUUAUUUCGCACUUAUUGGUUGGUUUGGGCUGUUCUGUUCCAAGCCGCUGUACACGUGGAUUCUCCCCGUGGCUUCACCUCCAGAUUUAUGACCAACGUGUGGGCGAUGUUCGCCGUUGUCUUUCUUGCCAUAUACACUGCUAAUUUGGCGGCUUUCAUGAUUACCAGAGAGGAAUUUUUCGAGUUUACGGGUAUAGACGACCAUAGACUGUGCCGCCCGUUUUCCCACAAGCCAACAAUCAAGUUCGGCACAAUCCCGUGGUCGCACACCGAUUCCACUCUAGCGAAGUAUUUCAAAGAGAUGCACUCGUAUAUGAACCAAUUCAACAAAACAACGGUUUUAAACGGGGUCGCCGCUGUCCUGUCCGGCGAUAUGGACGCCUUUAUUUAUGACGGCACCGUCCUCGAAUAUUUGACGUCACAGGAUGAAGACUGUAGACUUUUAACUGUUGGUUCUUGGUACGCGAUGACUGGCUACGGCCUCGCCUUUCCGCGUAACUCCAAAUACUUAAAAAUGUUCAAUAAAAGACUGUUGGACUUUCGAGAAAAUGGCGAUCUAGAACGUUUGCGCCGAUACUGGAUGACUGGCGUUUGUAGACCAGGAAAACAAGAACACAAAAGUUCAGAUCCGUUGGCCCUGGAGCAGUUCUUGUCCGCUUUCCUGCUACUGAUGGCCGGAAUUCUCUUGGCUGCUUUGCUUCUUCUGUUGGAGCAUCUUUAUUUUAAGUAUAUCCGAAAGCAUCUCGCAAAGACUGACAGAGGCGGAUGUUGUGCUCUCAUCAGUUUAUCUAUGGGAAAAAGCUUAACUUUUAGAGGCGCGGUAUAUGAAGCCCAGGACAUAAUAAGGAAUCAUCGGUGUCGUGAUCCCAUUUGCGACACACACUUGUGGAAAGUGAAACGUGAACUGGACGUGGCUCAGAUGCGAAUCAAGCAAUUGGAAAAGGAAAUGGAGGUUUACGGGAUUAAACCGCCACCAACCAAACGGCGUCGCCGUAACACCAGUUGCAUCAACUCCUGUUUUACUUCGUCCAAAUCACCUGAUAUACUGGUAUCAGGUGAAACGACAAAAGCGAGAUUAAGGAAUUUGGAACCUGCUGAGGGAGGAAGCUGUGCAGAUCUCAAUGGACCGACAACAACAGAAAUCGCAGAAAUGGAAACAGUGCUGUGAUGGUCGAUGGACCACGACGAUAUGGAAGAGAUAAUUUAUAUCCUAAAUACCAAGGGACAAUUUCAAAGUGUAAACACCAAAUAUUUUACGAUUUAGGCGUCAGACUCGUCAUCAAAUUUUAUAUUGUGACAAAACGACAUUUUGCCACAAAAUAUAAUAAAUUAUUAUAAGUG